AUGCGGAAAAGUCCCAGGACGGCUGGCGCACUUCUGAUACGCGAGCGUGCGCUCCACAAAGAUGUUCCUGCACGCCUUGGUGCAAGUCGCCUGAGUCAAGAGUGGUGCAAACAUGCGAUGGCUCCAAACACCAUCAAACGAACGUGGCAACAAGCGAACAUGCAGGACGGCCUUCCGCUAUGGCUAGAGAUCUGCGAGGUGGCGCGAGCGUUACGUGACAGCAGGCGAAAGCUGCUGGCAAACUGCCUUGCCAGCCAGCACUACAAUGAACAGCCUGGCCACACCCCUGGCCACACCCCUGGCUGCGCGCGGGUGAGCGCUACCAAGACAGCAGCAGCACAGAACGUGUCAUCUGUGGCUGUGCAAGCCGAGCGAAAGCAUGAAUUUCGCCGUUGCUACGGCACCGGAUUCACGUUCUUGUCCAUGCCGGACAGAGCGCACUGUGCGCUUCAGGCCUUCCCCAGCAGUAAUCCGGUUCUCUUUGUGAUCAGACCUGGGUCGUGCCUCGCUAGCAAGCAGCCUCGGCACAGAUUGUUUGCCUUGUCCCAUCCGUUCCCACCUGAUGUGGCCGCCGCUAUCGGCAAGGGCUUCGACGUCUCAUACAUGCUCUAUGAAGCUGGGAUCUCUGCAGAGUCGUGGCAAUCAGCAUUCGAAGAAGUGUCCGGACGGACAAUGCUCAUGCCGUUGCCCCUCCUGUACACCUUGCACACUUUCGAAGCUGCAGUGCGCUGUUUGCCUGGCUGGCCGGCACGUCAGCUUCGGUGGUGCGUGAACCUUCAUGGCAUCAGAGUCAGGUCACUCAAUCUCGGGCAUCUGUGUUUUCGCGGCAACCACAGCGAAAGCCCGUGA